AUGGCUGUGAGGCUUUUGAUCUCGAGGACGCACGGACUCGGUAAGAGUCUAUCGUGCAGGCUCUUCCUCAACCAGCUGCAUCCGGCGGAUCCAACUCCGGGGCGCUCUUCGGUAUUCCAGUGCUUCAGGGGUCUACACUCCGCCUCCCGAGGGGAAUCCUUCGCUCGCCACGCUGAUAAUCGGAGGUCCAGGCCGACUUGCUCUAGGACCGUGUUCACUGGUUCCGUCCCGAGGCCAGACCUUGCGGACGAGUCCAUCGCUUCCGCUCUCAACCUCGAUGAUCGGGUCCCCGCCACAGUCAUCACCGGCUUCCUAGGUUCCGGGAAGGUUGUCUUUCAUCCAUUUAUUUGAAGACGUCGUAUUAUUUUUCCCUCGAGAUGAUGGUUCUAGGGGAUCUAUUUCGUGCUCUGUUUUCUCUUAAAGAAGAUAGCUUCCUCACAAACCGCUUGUUCUCCAUCACCGCUAAAGCCGUUUUGGAGCCACGCGAUAAUUUUCGUCGAGAGAAGGCCAAAAUUGAUCUGUCGAUUUAACGUUGCAAUCCGAUAGCUGGCAGUUUACGUUUUUAACUGAAGGUUUUACGCGUGUACUAUUCUUACUGAUAUUUAUCUAAGUUUUGAAUCCUAGAAUGCGGCAGAACUAUUAUUUCAUACAUAUUUCUGCUAAUAUGCUGCGAAAAAGAUCGUAGCAUCUCAACAUUGGAAUCGCUGUUUCACGAGUAUAGUGAGACCAAUGAACAAAAGCGUGGACAUCCCUUCAGGACUCAUGAGGGUAUCUAUUUUGAUGGGUCGUUCUCAUGUUUUGCUUCACAUUCGGUGUUCAGUUGCUGAAGCUUUCCCUUUGUUUGGCAACCUCGUAGAAGCAGGGAUUUUGGCAUAUUUCAGCCUCAAGAGUUAGGAUUUUGAUGGAAAUUUGUUAAUAAUGGACUCCAAACCCUUCUUUGACAACUUAUCAAAGAUGUGUUGAUCUAUUCUUCAAAGCUAAACUUGAGGGAGAAAAGUGAUGACAAAGUGAAAUAUGGCUAUCUAGGUGAUUACCACAUAAAGAUAGUGAGUUUAUGAGACCUUCCUGCUUUCUACAAAAUAAGGCACAGUUUUUUUUUUUCUCACCCAGACCUACCUUCUUCAGUUAAGCAAGUCCACCCAUGGCAGCAUAGAGAAUGUAUGAACGAUCAGUUCACCCUGGAAAGUGCUUUCAAUCAUAGGUCCAUUUUUUUCAAUAAAUACAUGCGUGAAAUUGGUCAUUUAAUAAUAUGAAUGACCAAUGCACCCUGGAAAGAAAAUUCAAGACACGUCUUUACCUAUCUUCCCUAAUGCCCAUUGAGCUUCCCUAUUAUCAUGUGGAGACCAUCUUAGAAUAAUAAAGUACCGUUCUAAAAUUCGUAUAAUUUGUCCAAUAUUCAGUCGAUACUCGUAUUCUCUGUGUCAGGUAAACAUCCUGACCCUUAUAUUCGCACUACAUUCUUGGGCAUUUUAUAAAAGUCUGGACAUAGCAGCAUGUGUUUUCAUAUCUGGGAAUUGUGAUGAGUUCAGAUGUGUUAUAAGAUCUAAUUUUACGCAUAUAGACAGCUGGUCAUGUUCCCGUUUUACUUGUUGUCAAAUCUUUCUUCAAUUAUAUAAUGUGUCUGAUAAUUUCUGACUGCAGACCACCCUAUUGAAUCACAUUUUAACUUCCCAGCAUGGGAAGAGAAUUGCAGUCAUUGAGAAUGAGGUGAGAAGUUUUUUUCAUUUGUAUUUUUCUUCUUUUGGUUUGGGUUUCAUUCUUGAAAAAAUAUUUAUUGCAUUACCCCAUCAUAGAUCACACAUCUGCUGGUUUUGUCAUUUUGUUACGGCUAAAGAAAAUCCUCACAUUCCAUGUCAAUGGCUUCUUAUGUAUAUCAAUGAUUUUUUAUAUGGAUUUGUCCUUUUCUGGUAGUAAGGUAGUAUGUCAUAAGAAAUACGCUGGGAAUUAAUAUUUUCCCCAAUUGGUGUGGGAAGGAUUUUGAUGGGUUAUAUUCUGUUGGAACUACGAUUGAGAGAUAUGAUUGUACAAAGUACAUGAAAGGAAGUCGAUAUUGAUAGAAUCCAUGUCACAAUUCAAUCUGUUCAGUUGAUUCUCUGCUGUCAUCUAACGUAGUGCUAUCUUUCUCUUGUGAGAGCAUCGCCUUUUAUUUUCUCUAAUGUGCGGUAGUCUUUUGGCAAGUCUGUACUUGUACGGUAUGUAUUCACCUUUUCAAUUAUCGGCAUGUGGUGCUAAAUAAUCAGUACCCUUUGGUUGUUUGGAUCUGUUUGCUCCACUGUUUGCCUACUGGUUUUUAAUAGGAUGGUCCGGCUUUCACAUGAUAUUGAAGCUGACGAUCAAUCAUGGUUGUGCUCAUCACAUUUUUAUUGUUAAUGCUAUUAACAGCCAGCAGUAGUUUAUUUGUGCAUGAGGGGGUCUGCUACGACAUUCUUGCUAGAAUCAAAAAAAUCUUUUGGUUUUACAGAUGUUCCUACUCAAGGUCAAUUGAUUUCGAGUUGGAUAGCCCAAAUCACAAUACUUUCACCAUACACCAUACUAUGAAGAAGUUGAAAUUUGAAUACGUACAUUCUUGACAUUUGCCUCUUUACUCUUUUUGCAGUUCGGGGAGGUAGACAUUGAUAGUUCUCUGGUUGCUAGUCAUUCAUCUGUGGCCGAGGACAUCAUUAUGGUCAACAAUGGUUGCUUAUGUUGUACUGUAAGAGGAGACCUAGUUAAAAUGCUUUUGAAGCUGGUCAAGAACAAACGAGACAAAUUUGAUCACAUUGUUAUAGAAACAACAGGUACACCUCAUUUUCUUUGUGCAUGACAUAAGGUUUUAUGCAUAUCUUUGUAGCAGAACCAGGAUGCAUGCAUUAAAUAUUGACCGUACAUCAAUAUGAGAGGGUUAAUCUGUGUUGCAUGUGUUGCAACUGCAUAUGUAAUAAGCUUCAAUUAAUGGGCUGUGGUCAUUUAUUUUGACAUGAUAAUUAAAUUGAAAGCUCUUUGUUUUAUGUAUUGGUGGAAAUCUUAUAUCAUGUAAAAGCUCUUUGACAAGAUGUUCAUUGAAAACGUCGGAAGCUACUAGAGGAAUAAAUCGCUACAUCUGUUACCCUAACAUGUCUAUCUUUUGGGAGUUAUUUACUAGUAUGGGCCGUGUCAAGUCAAGAAAAUGAAGGGAGGAUUAGGUUGAAUGUUGGGUAGAGGCUGGGCAGCUGAUGAUGGUGGGAGUUGGUGUGCUCGAGUACAAUGAAAAAAUAAGAACCUUCAUCUUUCAUGGCUCAUAUCUUGCCUUAAUAUUCUUCUCACAGAUGAUGUCAUCUCACAUGGAGUUCUUAUCCUCGUCUUAGCUGCUAAUCAUUCUCAUCGUUACUUUUACAGGUCUUGCGAAGCCAUCUCCUGUAAUUGAGACUUUCUGCUCGGAUGAAUUGGUUUCACGGUAUGUGAAGCUUGACGGUGUUGUUACAAUGGUUGACUGUAAGCAUGCUAUGCAACAUUUAAAUGAAGUGAAACCAAGGUGGGUAGUGAAUGAGGCAGUGGAACAGGUUGCCUAUGCAGACCGGAUCAUACUGAACAAGGUGUGUUUACUGCUAGUCCUGUUCCUUGUUGCCAUUUCUCCACAUUUAUCCAUUUAUCAUGGGUGUUGUAUGAUUUGACUCUGGAAAGCUUUCAAGGGAAGGGAGUUGUCAACCUCUACGUGGUGUGGGAUAAUAUGAGCUGUAUUUUAUUUUUUUACAAAUGACUAAUAGCCUAUAUUUUGGGUUAUCCUUUUUUGACAGAUAGACUUGGUUGAUGAACACGAUCUGCAUAUGUUGACCCGAAAAAUCAAGGUGAGGUUCCAUUUUCUGUUUCCUGUUCAAUUAUUCAGGGCUUUCUUGACACGUGCUUCCUCUUUCUUUUUCACAGCAUAUCAAUGGAAUGGCCCAGAUCAAACAUGCCAAAUUUGGACUUGUGGACAUGGAUUUCGUCUUAGGAGUGGGUGGAUAUGACCUUGACAGGUUUGUCAAAUUUAUUUCCUUUAAGUCGUGCUUGAACCAAUAAUUUUUUCUUCGACUUUAAUAUUUCCACUUCUGAAAAAGUGUAGCUUAUCCAGGUUUCAAGAGGACCUAUAUUGAAUAUUACUUAUGUUUAAAAUUAUGGUUUUUUUUUUUUUGCGUAUAUUUCCACAGAAUCGGCUCAGAAGUUCUGGCAGAUACGAGCAGUGAAAAAGUUCAUAAUGAAGAACAUGGACACAGUAAUGCUUUUACACUUUUAUAUCAAGUUUCCCCUUCUUUACCCUACUGAUUUGAAAUCCUGGACGAAAAUUUGCAAUGAUUUGAAUCCGGAGAAUUGGUAGUUCCCCUGUGUGGAACUAUUUCACAUCUACCAUUUUAUUCAAGUAUAUUUAUGUUGAUUGUGUCGUAAUCCGGAUGAAUUUAAAUUCUUUUUCAUGUCAAUUUAAGUGGAGUGGGCUUUCUCUACCAGAUGAACAUGGAGAGCAUCACCACCACCGCCAUGACCACAACCAUGAUCAUGAGCAUCAUCAUCAUGAUCAUGAUCAUGUACACGAUUUGGCUGUAUCCAGUGUCAGUAUAGUAUCAGAGGAAACUCUGGAUCUUGAUGAGGUAUCUCUGGAUUUAAUAUUUUUUACACUCCAUGCGUUAUCCAUUUAAUAAUCUUGGGUCUUGAUUAUUUUUUCCUUGGUCUCUCUGCUGUUGAAACUGGUUGGUUCAUAGUACAAAACAUACUUAUUUUGUGUCUUGCCUGCCGGAGACCUUCCAUAUAUGGCUAUUGUCGGCUUAUUUACUUAUGCAUGAAUAUGUCAUUUCUGGUAUUGUAGUUUAUAUGAAUAGUUCGUUGACUUUGUGCUGUCCGGCCCGGUAGGCCUGUUUUUUUCGUUGACUUUCUCUUAUUUGUUUGAGACGUAUUCCAAGAUAGUUCAAAUUAGCAACCCAGCCCCUCGUCUUCGAAUCAUCCACAGCUUAUUGAUUGGAAAUAUUACUUUAUUUAUUCUAUUUCCCCAUUAUUAUUAUCUCUUAAAAGUAAAAUACGUGAUAUUUUUUAAUCCUAUUAAUCUUUUCCAAAAAAAAUACUGGGUCGCUCUUCCUGUUUAACUUUCUUUCUCAUUAAUAGGAAAAAUACUAUUAUUAUGGGUCCCUCUCUUCACUUUCCAUAAAUGAUAAAUCUUAAUUUUUAAUACUGAAAUGUAGUUUUAUUUUUUAAAAUGUUCAAGAAACACGAAACUAAAAUGCCUAUUAAAUGGUAACUUUUUCCAUAAUGAAGACAAAUAAAACAUCCGAGCUGCAUCGAUUCCCUUAACAUUAUUAAUUCUUUGCCAUAUUUUGCAUAUCCAGGCCAAUGAUUGGCUCGAACGGCUGGUCGAUGAGAAGGGAGAUGAUCUAUACCGGAUGAAGGGCAUCUUAUCCGUCAGUGAUCCGGCCGGGCGUUAUGUAUUUCAGGUAAUAAUUGCCUCAGAGGGAUUCUUUUUUAUUUUCCAUGGUUUAAAACCUUAUGAAUGAGACGAGGGCCUUCUAUACCGGAUCAUUUGUCUUUAAUUAAAUUAAAUUUAAUUUAAUUUAAUUUCAGGGGGUCCACUCCAUGCUGGAUGGCUGCCCAGGGAAGCCGUGGGAGGAGAACGAGAAGAGGAUCAGCAAGCUGGUUUUCAUAGGGAAGAACCUGGACGAGGAGGCCCUGAGGAAGGGGUUCAGGGGCUGCUUGGCGUGA